AUGGCAUCGGAUUACGGAGUUGGUCCUCGCAAGAGGCGGAGGAUCGGUCCUCCUGGGACCGAUCCUUACGUCUUGCGGUCGCUCUUUGAAAAUGUACCGCUGGCAACCGAGGACAACUCCGACGUUUACAUCACCUGUGUCGAGUACUGGGAGGAAAAUCUGUACAUUGGCACUUCUGCGGCAGAGAUCUUGCACUUUGUUUGCCUUCCUGCCGCUUCCGACGAACCCAACGAGCCUACCUUUAUACUGGCAUCGCGACUGCCUAUUCCAUUCCUAAAUGCCCCCUCGGACAGCGACCAGCAAGGUGUUCAAGAGAUCCUUGUACUCUCCUCGGUGAAUAAAGCUUGUGUUCUCUGCAAUGGAACUGUCACCUUCUACAUGCUCCCGGAGCUUAGCCCAGCUUGGAACACCAAGGUCAAUCACUGCCGCUGGAUCGGUGGUCUGGAUCUCAACCGGGGCUCGGAGCCUGAGAAUGAUCCAGUGGUAAUGAUUGCUGUACAGAAUAGGAUACUGCUGGUUCAGAUCGGAGAUGAGGCGAAAAGCAUUAAGAAGAUUGGUUUCCCCGGUUGCUUAGUCGCAGCACGCAGAGGUACAAUUGCAUGUGCCGCUGAUGGGCACUCAUAUUCACUCCUGGAGGUGGAACACCAGCAAAAGAUUCCUCUUUUCCCUAUAUCCUCCUCGAACGAAGUAUUCGAGUCCGGACAGGUGGAAGAUAUAAUGCUUGGACCCCAAACGCCUUUGAAACGGUCUCCUUCUUCCUCAUACCCAAGCUCUCCUCCAAGUGACCCUCAUGCGCAUGCAAGAAGCACCAGUUUGAAUAACUUUGUGGGCAUGCUACAGCCGAAUACGCAAACGCCUCAGCGGGAGAGGUCACCGGGAACACCAGACCCUUUUGCAUCUUCGGGGACCCCUCGACGAUCAAGCUCCGAAGAACGAGAAGAUGACAACGACAACGACAACGACAACAAAAGAAACCAGAAGAUCUCGGAGAAUGCAGAAACGCAAGCUUCACCUCCCGCUAGCUUAAAGCCACUACCGCCCAUACCGGCGAAGACAGUCACCAAGCAGCUCCUGCCUCAUGUGGUGUCUCCGACCCCCUCCGAAUUCCUUUUGGUGACCGGAACGGAGGAAACGGAACCAGGUGUAGGCAUGUUUGUAGACUUGGAUGGUGAAGUUGUGCGAGGCACCAUCAGCUUCCAUCGAUACCCCAAGUCAGUGGCGAUCGAUGCUGGCGAAGAUGACCAAUCCCUUCAACCAAGCGAAGACGCCAAGGUGGAGUAUGUUAUUGCUGUUAUCGAAUUUCACGAUGACGAGCCACGAACCCGACUGGAGAUUCAACGAUGGGAUGACGAUCCUGCGGAGAUCGAAAGGCAGAGGAGAUGGCUCGACAUACCCUCUCCCGGCGAUAUCAAGUCAGCCAAAGUCGGGCUUCGGCGCACAAUCAGCCCGAGCCAUCUCGAGCUCGAUGAUGUAGGAAAGCUUCUACGAAUGGUCCGCCUCAAAACUCCGCUGCUGCCUCCCCAUGUAUCUGCGGCAGAUCCGAGAACACAAGCAUCCAUCGAGCAUUUGCAAAAGGAGAAGGAGCUUUUUGAAUCUCAAGAAUUGACCGACUCAGAAGGAUCCAAGAAAGGAGUGAAAGACUGGGAGACCCAGCGAAAUGCCGAAGAAGAGAAAUUUGCACAUGGACUGGGUAAACUCCAGAGCAGUUUCAUCAUUUGGUCGGGCUCCCAAAUAUGGCGCCUAAUUAAGAAUCCUUUUGUUGUUCGGCUCGAAGAUGCUCUGCAGAAGGCCCAACAAACAAAUGAGAGCGGCCACAUGACUUUGCAAAGGAAUUCCAUUAUGGAGUUGAUGCUUUCUAUCCAGGACCUUGAGCCUAGGACCGAGUCUGAAUUCAUCGGCUUAGGUUAUGCGAAGCAAAAAGCCUGUUUGCUCCUGUAUGGAGAUCUGCUUUCCAUGCAGCCGAAGAACCGUGGAGACCCCAUGAUUAACAAUACCGAGCAAGCGCUACUGGCAGGUAAUCUGGAUCCCCGACUUGCUCUCCUAUUCAUUCCUUUGCUCCGAUGUGAGAUCCUACAGGGGCCUCAGGGUAUGUGGAUUCCUGCUGGGCUAGCAAGUAUUGUCAAGAAGUAUCUCCAGCAAGUCGAAAAGGCGAGCUAUGAGAUAUCCGGGCCUGCUGUUGCUCACAGCUCAUUGCUGCAUAUGGUGAAGCGUUUCCUUUUCUCGUGGCAACAGAAGAGAGGAUAUGGUAGUAUUCCCGAUGAGACAUACGUAUUGGACAGCACUGAUGCUGCCUUGCUACAUUUGCUCCUGGAGCAAGACACCCACUUGAAAGCUCAGCAAUAUGCACCGUCGCCUAUCCGCACCGAGCUGAACAAGCUCGUCGACAACUGGAAGGGGAACUUUGAGAGGGCAGUGCAGUUGCUGGAGCAGUACAAACGACUCUACAUCCUGAGCCGUCUGUAUCAAAGCCGAAAGAUGUCCCGCAAUGUGCUCAACACAUGGCGGAGAAUCGUCGACGGAGAAGCUGAUGCCGGCGGAGAAGUCAGCGCCGAGGGUGUCGAGGCACAGAUGCGAAAAUAUUUGGUGAAGAUCAAGGAUUCCCAACUGGUGGAAGAAUACGGCGCCUGGCUCGCAGGUCGGAAUCCAGCCCUGGGUAUUCAAGUGUUUGCAGACAACUCCAGCCGAGUGCGACUGGAUCCCGCGGACGUGGUGACUUUGCUCAAGGAACGUGCACCCAACGCAGUCCAAUUCUACCUGGAGCAUCUGGUCUUCGCCAAAAACUACACCCAGUACGCCGAUGAUCUCAUUACCUACUACCUGGAUGAAGUGCUUUCGGUGCUCGAAUCUUCCUCAGCCGCACGGGAAUCUCUCUCGGAAUCCUACUCCACGUAUCGGGCCCUGCGUCCCCCUAAGCCCACAUACCUGAACUUCAUCACUGAAAAUACGCCGAGAGACCCCUGGUGGCAGUCUCGACUCCGUCUGCUUCAGCUGCUAAGCGGCACCUCCGGAACACAAUUCUCAUCCACUGCCCUUCCUUCCGGGAUCACGUAUUCCAUACCCAACGUGCUUUCCCGCAUCGAACCCUUCCAGGACGAACUUGUCUCCGAAAGCAUCAUUCUCGACGGCCUGCAGGGGCACCAUCGCGCAGCCCUGCGACUGCUGACACACGGCCUGGGCGACUACGACUCUGCGAUCCGUUAUUGUCUUUUCGGUGGUCCCCGCAGCUCUAUCUCGUCGGACGGUGCGCAGCCUGAGCUUGCUGGCCACGACCUGCAGUCCACUCUUUUCCGUCAUCUGCUGGACGAGUUCCUACAGAUUCAAGACUUGUCAGACCGCAUCGAGCGCACGAGCGACCUGCUCGCUCGGUUUUCGGCCUGGUUUGAUGUGCGCGAGGUGCUCGAUCUUGUUCCGGAAGAUUGGAGCGUGGAUAUUUUGGGCGAAUUCUUUGUUCGUGUUUUCCGUAACCUCGUCUCGCAGACUCGAGAGGCACGCAUUGAGCGGGCCCUUAGCGCUGGUCUCAACCUGCGCGUCGGCGUGGAAUAUACGGAUAGCAUGGAGAAAGCGGGAGCCUGGGUGGAGGAUGGAGAAGGUGUGCGGCGAUUGAAGGACGGCAAGGCCCAGCCAGGUUCCUCGCCACGAGAUGAUGCUACAGGGGACGAUGAUGAGUUUGGCGACGUGGUCACUGCGUCCGGGGAAGUGGGCCAGUAG